AGCGCGGUGUGCAAGGGAAGAAAGGGGUGGAGACACGCUGGCAGCUACCCUGGCCUAGAUAUGCUGCCGAGAGAGAUCUGACUCUUGGACUGUUUAACAACAGCCAUGUUCCAGCCCAGCUGAGGUCUAGCCCCACACCCCAUGGGGAGUCCCACUCUGAGAGUCCUGCUGCUCCUCACCUCCUUCCUGCUGAACCUCCAGCCUGCUGCACUCCAGACCCACCACCGGUGUCCCUGCGGAGAAGUCCUCACCAACUUUGAUUGCAGUAUUUAUGGAGAGGGAGAUCUACCCAGCCUCUGUUCCCAAUGCCAGCACAAGAGGCAGGAAAGCCCAUCUCAGCUGUUGCCAGCCCUUCUCCUAAGCACAGUUCAGUGUUGCAAGGAUGAAAGACAGACCUGUCUGCAGGUCUAUGUGGCUCUGAACUCUACAGGUAUUGAAGGCUUAGAACUGGAUUUUCUCGUUCUAAAUUCUAACCGUUACGGCAAGCUUCGGGUCGUGAAAACGCGAGAGCAUCAGAACAAUACUGGGGCUAAGUGGCAGAUGCAGUUUGGCAGCUUCCAGGUGGCCAGUCGUGAUCAGAUACUUGUCUCAGUGAAGACCAUUCCUUCCGGGAAGCUAAAACUCAGCCAGAACUAUACAGUCACUAAUAACCAAUCAGGUGGCUUCUGGCAAGCAGAGUCGGGCGGAGAAGGGGAACCCUCUGUCAGGACGGCCUCCUUUCAUUAUCCAAUAAAGAAAAACCCCGACUCCAUUUUCAUAGAGAAAGCACCUGAGUUCCAGUACAAAUGGGUACCAGCUUCCCGGGCUAUUGAGGUGUCUGCUCCCAAGGCCAUCACUGCACGCCUGUGUCAUAACCUGGGCAGGGUAUGCACAGAACUGCACCAAUCUUUCCAUCAGGAGGUACUGGUUUCCAAACAUCGCCCUGCAGUGCUGCCGUACGAGUUCCUUCUUCCCUGUCUGUGCAUAGAGGCAUCACAUAACCACCAAGACAGCUUACGCAAGAUGGUGUGUCCUUUCCAGGAUCAGCCAAAAGCCUAUGCUGCAGAUCUCUGGUCCUCGGCGCACUUUCAACACUUCAGUUCCAGUGCCAAAACCGAAAUGGCCAUAUGUUUGAGCGGCCGCUGCUCCUUUCACCCCACUGUCUCACUUUGUUGGAAGGAAAACUCCGUUCCAGAGGCAACCUGUCAAGAUAUCCCCAAUUCCACAGUCCCUGUAGCCAACUGGAAUUCUAUGCCAUUCGAGUUUGAAGACCCUGACAAGCUUACAGUUCCUAUUGCAGCGUACAUCGUUGAAAGCGUAGAUGUGAAUCCACAGCUCUGCUUCAAGUUUUCUUACAUGAACACCAGCCACACGGAGUGCCCACACCAGACAGAUACUACCUGGAAUGUAUCUCUCAGUGUGAAAUUUCUGCAACUUCACUUAAACUUCCAUUCUCGCACACCGGCUUCCUUUAGUUCCGCCUUAUGCCAGCCGGUAUCUUCAAGUCAGUGCCAACCUGAACCUCCUGUCUAUACCAUCACCCAUACAGGGGGAUCUGCCUUGGGUGAAAUGAACCUCAUUCUUCCUUGGACAGUCUCGAGAAGUUGUGUGCUGGUCUGGCGUUCUGAUGUACAGUUCGCUGGGAAGCGACUCCUGUGUCCGGAUGUUUCUCACCGACGCUGGGGACUGCUGGCCUUUGCGGUAGGUUUGGGCCUAGGGUUGCUGGCUUUGGCAAUCUACCUGAUUCACUGGAAUACGCACAGACUCCGUAGAGACGCACCUUGCUGUCACCAUUCCCGUCCCAUCCUGCUCAUCUAUUCUCCUGAUUCAGAGGAACACAAACAGUUGGUCUGCUCCUUUGCCGCAUUGUUGCAGUCAGCGCUGGGCUGCCCUGUGCUAUUGGACCUCUGGGAGUUGGGCCACGUGGGACGACUGGGUAUCUUGCCCUGGGUGUAUGCCCAACGGGAACUCGUGAGUCGCAAGCAGGGCCAGGUGCUACUGCUGUGGAGCGCGGGCAGUGCCAAUGCUUAUGGACUCUGGCAAGGAGAAGCAAGUAGCCCUGAUAGGAAAGCUCCAGAGCCCUAUGACCUCUUUGGGGCAGCCAUGGCCUGUUUACAAGGUGAACUUCAGGGUACUGCUGGAAUGGUCCAGCGAUGUGACUGGGUAAUUACUUAUUUCAGUAAACUGUGUGACCGGCGGAAUAUUCCACGUGCUCUGCGCCUUCUUCCCCGUUACCGCCUGCCUCAGGACUUGCCAGAUCUGGUUGGGCUCCUGCAGGGCAACUCCAGCUCAGGACCCAGCUGGCUCCAUGCUAGUGCCAAAGCUCUUGUGUGCCAUCUGUUCAAAGCCGAGAAGAAGAGGAGUUCACGGAAACAGCGGAAUCAGCCAUGGAACAAGAACAUCAGGAGACUGGAAGAAUCCCUGUUCCCCCUUGCUCAACCCAAGGUGCAGGGGCCAAGCUGCGCUUGAGGGCUGUGGACUAAAGGUGUAUUGCAAAAUGGGAUUGAUCCCACUGGUUAUCCGUAGGCAGAAGGUAUUCAUUGGGCCUCAGAAGAGUUGGCUUCCUUAUGGUGCCUAAGAAAUGGCAUCUGUAAUCAUCUUGGCCGGUAAAUCCAAUGCCACAAAAAAAAAAAAAGGAAGGGGGCCAGCUCAGCUAAACGUAAAGCAGAGAGAUUUCUCUGGGUGUGCUAGAGACCGCCCCCCCCACAUCACCUGGUGGUCAUGGCAUCUGUUGCCAUAGAGAUGACAGAGUACUGCGAAGAAGAGGUCGUGGCCUUGCUGCUGAAAGCAGGAUGGUGCAAUAUGAAUGUUGUGGGCAGUCGUGUGAGUGAUUCACAGGGGCUGCUUCCUAGCAAAUUCCUCCUGGAGGAUAGUAAGCUUGUCAAAAGGCAGCUAGGUUAGGCUCAGGGAAGAGGAUCUUGUUGCAAAGCUAGAUGGACUAAACGAAGAGGCUAAAUUCCCUGCUUUGUUCAACGUCCAUCAUUUCAGGACUCCUAACCCACAGAAGGUAGAGAACAUCUCUGACACUUUUCAGAAUGUUCGGGGGGUUUUUUUCUUUUCUUUUCGAAACAUGAUGGGUCCUUAACAUUUCUAUUUGUAGAGACGCAAAGACCAGCACAAAGAAGCCUGCAGAUAGUGAUUUCCUAGAUCAGUGAUGGCUAACCUUUUCCGGACUUAAUGCCCAAAGUGUGCACGAAUGCGUGUGCAUGCACCCCCAAAAUGCAAUGUGCAUAUGGCCUUGCAUAUGUGCCCUGCGCAUGCACCCUCAAGCCCUGCAUGCGCCCCACCCCCUGCGCAUGCUCAUGUGGCCCCCCUGCAUGCACCCCACCCCCCACGCAUGCACAGCAGAGACCUGAAGACCAGCUGGAUGGCGGGAGGCACGUGCACAUGCAUGGCAGAGCUGAGCUGGGGUGACGGCUCAUGUGCCCACAGAGAGGGUGCUGCGUGCCACUUCUGGCACUCAUGCCAUAGUUUCGCCAUCACGGUCCUAGAUAGUACACUAAGGGUUGUUUCCAACUGUUGAGUAGAGGUUCUCUCGAUCUACCUAUGAGCUGGCCAAAAGCUAUGCCAGCAGGGAGUCAGCUGUCCCCAUUACCUAUCCGAAUUCUGUCAUCCGUCAAUGCAGCCUCCUGACUUCCUUCAAGGAAAUGGGGUGACCCAACAGAUUUUAUGCCCCUUAGAACUGCUCUGGAGGGAGAGUCAGAAUAUGUGGGAAAACACUAUUUGAACACCGGUACAUCUGAAGAAGAAUCUUCUAGCUAGAGAAGAUAAGCCUUUUUCCUCCUAAGCUGAGGACAAGAUGAUGGCAGCAUCAAGGGGAUAUCACAGAACAAAAGGGUAUUCUCAGAGUGCGUUGUUGCGGUGUGCAAGCAAGUGGGAACAGGACUUACAAAGUCGUACAAUUAGGUGAAUUUAAAUGUAAUCCGCUACCCACUUGCCUCGCUUUUGACAACUCUGUUUCCAAACCAGCAAAACAAGCAUGUUGCUAGGAGAAUUGUAAGAAAUCUUUAUUUUGUUUUGUGUGCUUAAUCUGCAGAGGUUUGUUGCUCAGGUCCUACAUCUGUUUUUGGUGCUGCUAUCUUGAAAUACAAUAAUAAAAAUGUUUUUUAAAGGAAA